AUGUUGGAAACUCUGAUCAGGAUAAAACUAAUAUACGUCAGGAGGAAGUCUCACACUCUGUCUUUCCAUCUGUCUAGACACAGUUUAUGUGGACGAGUACCAAGCUCUAACUAUGGUCGAUAUUUAAAUCAAUCCUAUAUACAAUUGAGUAAUCAAAUCCCCAUACCGAAUAAUGAUCGAUAUAAACGUAACGUAUCCACUACAACUUUAAAUAAUUCGUCACAACCACGACAAUUUCACUUACCUGAUGGUGGUAAAAGUCGUUUUCUACCGCCCGGUACAAAAAUCUACGCAACAUUAUUUGGUCGUUCAGCUAGCAGUGCAAUCUCACCAUUGUAUAAUACUUAUACAAGUACACCACGUUCAACUAAUACUACUAGUACUGCUACUAACAAUUGUCGCCCUGACAUUAUUAUAUCACGUUCUCUUAAUAAACCUUUUGCAUUGUCAGCUUUUAAUCUACAUGAUGAUAACCUUAAAACUGAUAAACUGUCAUUAUCGACAACAACAUCAACAAAAAAAAUCACCAGAAUCUUAUCUAAUACCACUGAUGACAAUAAUAAUUACAAUGAUAACAUUAAUGGUGACCAUACCAGUCAAUUAACGUCAAAAUCACAUCGAACAUAUAUGGAUGAUAUUAGUCAGUCUGGUCCAAUUUUACUAAAUGAUCGUAAUAUCACAUUGGAAACACGUAAAUUAGCUUGUUUACCGGCUGGACAAGAACGUGAUAAAAGUACGCCGAGGCCAAUUGAACGUUAUGAUUGGCCAGCGCCACCUGCUUCUGGUGUUGUUUUAGCGGAAUUAAUGCGUGAACGACGUCAACGACGUAGAGAACAAGCACGUUUAAGUGGUACACAGUUUUCUGGCGAUAUUGAUGAUUUAGAAAGUCAAGAAGCAUUGAGUAUUGAUUAUUCCUUUGAUGGUAUUCCUGAUACAACUGAUCAUUCUGUUGAACAUAUAGGAAUUGGACAAGCAAUUCUACGAGAAGAAGCUGAAAGUAAACGCCGAUCACGUUCACAAACCUAUUUAGAUCCAGUGUCAGCGUCCAGAACGCCAAGUGCAUCGGUUGAACCGUCAUUUAAACCACGUUAUGCAACUCAUCAGUUUGCAUUAGCAAAUCGUGAUACAAUUAAUAUGGGAGGAGCAACAGUAACAAUGAAUAUUCCUACCGAUUAUCAUCAGAAUAAUGCAUCACGAUAUAACAUUAAUCCACCAAUUUUCAUUCCUGGUAGUUCAAUUAAACCUGGCUAUACUGGUGGUCAAUUAUCUUGCAACGAUCAAUUAAAGAGUAAAACAUUAUCAAUGAAUUAUCCAACUUCAUCACUGUCAGUUGGAAAUGGGGGUAUUAGACAACAAUCGACCAAUCGAAUAUUGUUAAAUAAAUCUAAAGCUGUUACACUGGAUGGUCAUUCUCAUCUUUCACAUCAAUUGGAUGUGAAUGGGACGAAAUUUACAAACGGCAACCUGCAACUAAGCAAACCUGAUAAUACUCAAUCAAAUACCAGUGAUUCAGUACGAAUUUAUUCACCAACAUCCGAUCAUCGCAAUGCAUCAAUAUAUACUACUAGUAUACUUCAUGGAGUUAAACAUAGUGGUACUACUACUUCGAUUCUAAAUGGUCAUUCAUCACAAUAUCUACAACAACAUAAUCUGAUAGAUUCAAUCAGUGGUAAAGAUUUCGAUGCUGAUCGUCGUCUGAUUGGAUCUAGUCCAAGUAAUCCCAUUAUUCAGUUUUCAUCAUCAUCACCAACUGCUAUAUCUCAUAAGAAAUCAUCUUUACCUCAAUUGAUACCAUAUGAAAAACUGAAAGAAUACAAAGGGAUGUAUCCCAAAGGAGUUGAUCGUACAGCUGUAGAGACACAUUUAUCCGAUGAAGAAUUUCAACAGGUUUUCGCUUUAUCUCGAACAGCAUUUUAUCGUCUUCCGGAAUGGAAACGUAAUGACUUAAAACAUAGAGCUCAGCUUUUCUAA